CUGCUAGUUCCAACUAUUUCUAGGAACCAGCUGGUGUGUGGUGCAUGACGACACACCUAUGGGAGAUGACCAUAUGGGCAGUCCCAACUGGUCCAGCUGAUUGUCAUUAGAGGAACGCUGUCGUGGAAAGAUGGCUGUGUCAGCACAUUCGGGGAUGUUGCUUGCUUUAAGCUUGGUAGUGAUUUUCUCUACGUUGAUUCAUGCAAGCCGUUGCCCGGCCACGAUAACCUGUCCUGAGGGUUACACGUGCAUCAAGGCAUCCAACUUCGGACAUCUUUGCAUUCCACAUCGAUGUGCUCAGAGGCGCUAUAUUGGUAGAUGCAGAGCCAGAAAGCCACGCUACUAUUUCCACAUAAGAACAUUGAGUUGUCGCCCUUUCCACUAUGGUGGAUGUCGGGGAAAUUCAAAUCGUUUCUAUUCAAGGGACGAAUGUGAAAGGGAGUGCUCCCCACUUUAAACCAUAUAUGGCAGUGGAGCCAUUCCAAAUACACAGAAUAAAUACUUAAAGCAACAA